CAUACUAAGUAUUCAAGUGUUAUAUAUUAUUGUUACCAUUCACUUUAUCAUCUUUAUAACAAACUAUGAGCAAGAUAUUGAGAGGCUGGGUAUUUUCUUCUUGUUUUCUAGAUGUGAAUGAAUUGAAGGAAUGUCUUUCUGUGUUGGUUAAAGAGCAGCAAGCUCUGGCCAUCCAGUCAGCCACUACCACCCUUUCAGCCCUGAGACUCAAGCAGAGGCUGGUCAUCUUGGAACGAUAUUUCAUUGCCUUGAAUAGAACUGUUUUCCAAGAGAAUGUCAAAGUUAAGUGGAAAAGCAGCAGUAUUUCUUUGCCUCCUGUGGACAAAAAAAGUUCCCGACCCACAGGCAAAGGAGUGGAAGGACUUGCGAGAGUCGGAUCACGAGCAGCUCUCUCCUUUGCCUUUGCCUUUUUACGCAGGGCGUGGCGAUCAGGUGAAGAUGCGGAUCUAUGCAGCGAGCUAUUGCAGGAGUCCCUGGAUGCCCUGAGAGCCCUGCCUGAGGCCUCGCUCUUUGAUGAGAGCACAGUGUCCUCUGUGUGGCUGGAGGUGGUAGAGAGAGCAGCCAAGUUCCUUAGAUCCGUCGUGACAGGAGAUGUUCAUGGAACGCCUGGUACCAAAGGGCCAGGAAGCAUCCCCCUGCAGGACCAGCACCUGGCCCUGGCCAUUCUGUUAGAGCUGGCUGUGCAGAGAGGCACACUGAGCCAAAUGUUAUCUGCCAUCCUGUUGUUGCUUCAAUUGUGGGACAGUGGGACGCAGGAAACUGACAAUGAGCGGUCUGCCCAGGGUACCAGUGCUCCUCUUCUCCCUUUACUGCAAAGAUUCCAGAGUAUCAUCUGCAGUAAAGAUGCCCCUCAUACAGAAGGUGACGCUCACGUAAGUACCAUAAAAAACCGGUGCCUUUAAGUAGCUUUCUUAAUUCAGUUAUCCUAAAAGAGUUAGACUUUUAUAAAGAAAACCAGAGUGCAUGUCUGUGGCAGUAGGUGUCUCUAGGGGAAAGUGUGUAUUUGGUGAUGACAAUAGUGAGUCAGAUGUAGGACAGGUGUGGGAUAUCAUGGGGUGAGUUUCAUUCGAUGCGGUGGAAUAUCACUUGAGCAUAUGGCAUCUGUGUGUGUGUGUUCUGGAUUGUGUAUACUUAGUAGGGAGAAUGUAUUUCUUGACAUGUAUCAACUUGUACUUUUAGAGAGAUUCCUCUACUGCUUUUUGACCAUGUAGUUUUCUUUCUGCUGGAUUAGAGCCAUUUAGCCCUUUGUGUUUGUGGGUUUAUUAUUACCUGUGUGUUCCCAGUAACCAGUCAUGUUGUGCUUUGGCUGUGAUGGAGAGUGAGUUUAAGAUGCUGUGGAAGAUAUAAAGAAGGCAUGCUCACUUCCAUGAAAGAAUUAGUAGAGGCAUGAAAAUGGGUAAAAAUUCUGACAAUAUUUCAAGAACAAAGUGAGAGAGUCAAGCAGGUCCUUAUGGGCACUUGCAGUAAUAACAUGGGGAG